AUGGCAGAGCCCAAAAUCGAACACCAUCAUGCUCAGCAGCCCUCGCCGUCACAGACGCUGCCAUCCAUUGCAGCUCUGACUAACGGUCUGCCGAGCUCCAACCAAUACUCUCCCCAAAACCGCCAGCCUUCUCAUCUCCCCUCGAGGGACUCGGGAACAUGGCCUCCAAUCCAUCCUCAGAUGAAACCGGUCGAGUCGUACAUGAACAACCCUUCUCUGCAAGUCUCAACCUUGCUCAACCCAGAAGAUCCUCAGUCGAGAAACUCGAUACCCAACACACCGACAUCAAACAGACUGUCUCAGCAUCAGCAACAAUCGAACACCAUUCUGCCUUCGAUUAACCAGACAUUUGAUGUGGGCAAUCGCGGAAGUGUCGACUAUCAUCAGUCACUGGAUUCGCGCAGAAGUAGUAUUGACAGCCGUGUCCACACUGGGAUUUCUAACCUUGGUCUUAACAAUCCCACUUCCCCCUAUGAGAGUCAAAAUGGGUCUCAGGUCUCGCUGGCUGCCAGCCUUCGAAGACCAAACAACGGAAACCCCCUCUCGCCCCUGAGUGGCCGCAAUAGUAUUCGCGGCGGUACAGGUCCAAGAGUUGCCCCGCCUAUCGUCGGCGCGUCUCGAGUUCCUGGCGCCCCUGACCCAAUGGCCUCCAAGCCAACGCCUGGCCAUGCCUGGGCCUUCCCCGACGACCCGAUUGCGGAAGAGUCAAGACGCGAAUCGAGCAGCGAGGAUUCUCAGCGCCACAGCAUCUCGAGAACCAACAGCUACGCCGCCUCUUCGAUCAGAAGUAGCAUCUUCUCCCAGAACGAAAGCCUUCCUUAUGGCCAGCGAAGAUUUGACGAUGACGCGUUGACUCACCACCACCACAGCAUGAGCCAACAUAGGGUAUCUGCUCUUCAAAACGAGGCCAACCUUCCAGGUGGUGGCAACUACAGUCGUACACCAGAGUUGCGCAUCAGCCACAAGCUUGCAGAACGCAAGCGCAGAAGUGAGAUGAAGGAUCUCUUCGAGGAGCUCAACAGAGCCGUUCCCACCAACGGUGGUGCAAAGGCAUCCAAGUGGGAGAUUCUGACAAAGGCCAUCGAGUACAUCAAGAACACUCAGACUCAGGAGCGGGGACUCUUGACUGAGGUUCAUCGUCUUCGCGAAGCCUCGGACUACGCUCGUGAAGCGCAAUCGACGGUCGACAAUCUCCAGACAGAGAUUGCAGUGAUGCAGGAACGUCUCAGACUACUGGAGCCUGGAAACCCCCACAUCUACGGUGCAUACACGUCGAAAUUGUCCCAAGCCAAUGCACAAGCCCAGGCCAAUGGACAAUCUCGUCAAUUCUCCUUGCCUUCUAUGAACGUCGGGCCCCCACCUCCGCAGCACUACAACGCACCCGGUACCACUUCCCAAGGAAUGCAGGGUGUAGAAUAUGGUAGCGCUUCCAGGCAUCAUUGA